AUGCCGCCGAGAUUGCUCGCCCACAAUGCCAUUGCCGCUGCGUGCCGCGCGUGGCCAGCGACACAAGUCUCUUCGCUGACAGCCUGCCUCGCUCACCUCUCGAUGCAGCCGCAGCACCAGUCCCGACCGAUCUCCAUCCUGGCCAACCUCACGCCCAACAAGGGCGCCGUCAAGGAGCGCAAGCGAGUAGGACGCGGCCCGUCCUCUGGCCACGGCAAGACGUCAGGCCGCGGUCACAAAGGCCAGGGCCAGCACGGCCACGUCCGGCCCUGGUUCCAGGGUGGUCAGACGCCGCUGAUUGUCAAGCACGGCCGCAAGGGGUUUACCAAUUGGCGCGCACCCCAACUCUCCCAGGUCAACCUCGACCAGAUCCAGUCGUGGAUCGACCAGGGCCGUCUCGACGCCACGCGGCGCAUCUCCCCCAAGGAGCUCAUCGAGUGCGGCCUCCUCGGGAGCGUCAAGGACGGCGUCAAGAUCCUCUCGCGCGGCGCCGAGUGCCUCAAGCAGCCCAUCGACGUCAUGGUCAGCCGCAUCUCGGCCGCGGCCAUUACCGCCAUCGAGGGCGCCGGCGGCAAGGUUGUCACGCGGUACUACACUAAGCUGGCCAUCAAGAGGCUGCUGACGGGCGAGUCGAUUAAUACCGACGUGCCGCUGCCGGUGGGCAAGGAACACGUGGAGAGUGUGCUGGACAUGGCCAAGGGGUUCCGGUACAGGCUGCCGGAUCCGACCGGCCGAGAGGACAUAGAGUACUACAGAGACCCGGCGCACAGGGGGUACCUGAGCCACCAGCUCAAACCGGGCGAGUCGCCGAGUCUGUACUUCAGGGUGCCGGGCAAGGAGAAGAUUAAGAGUACCAAGCAGAAGAAGGUGGUGGAGGAAACAAUGUGGUAA